AUGCUUGCGUCUGCUCCCGGCCUCUCGCGCAGCUUCUUGAAACUGUGGACGCCGGCAUCAGCACGGGCAGCUGCACAGCUUCAACGACCUCCGCUGCCGCCUUUCAGCCGUGAAGAUGCUAUCAAAAAAGUCCGGAUGGCAGAGAACGCUUGGAACACGCGCGAUCCCGAGACCGUCAGCUUGGCCUACACUGAGGACUGCGUGUGGAGGAAUCGAGACGCCUUCUUUCAAGGCCGUGAAGCUAUCGUCAAUUUUCUUCGCCAGAAGUGGGAGAAGGAGCAGGAGUACCGCUUGAUAAAGGAGCUCUUUGCCUUUGAGGGAAACCGGAUAGGAGUCUGCUUCCAGUAUGAGUUCAAAGACGCUUCCACAGGGAUCUGGUACCGCGCCUAUGGCAACGAGAACUGGGACUUCGCAGCAAACGGGCUCAUGUGCCGACGGCAGGCGUCCAUCAACGAUGUCCAAAUCAAGGAGUCGGUUCCGAUCGCCGGUUCACUUGGCCUGAAUUGGGCAAACGGCCUGAGGUCAACACAGGCGUUGUGUGACCUGACCUUACUUGUCCUUGCAUGCCGACAUGGCCACAGCAUUUGGCAUUGCCUGAUGGCCCGUUUGGUGGUCGAGCACCGGGCUGUUCUCAUUCGCUCACAGCCCAGCGUCAAGGCUGAGAAGCUCGGCAUUGUCUGCAAGGGGCACGUCUUAAAAGGCUACGAAAUGGAAGGCUGGGUGAAGCUAACCCGGGAGUCCAGCAUUCAGGCAGGCGUUGCGGACGGCAAGGUCGCCUGGGUGCUCAUAGAUGGACAGGAGGUUGGCCUGGGCCUGUUGCUUCGGCCUCUGAAGCCAGGCGAGAAGCCAAGGAACGACAAAGACCCCAGAGAGGAGUCAGAUGACGAAAAGCAUGGAGUUGCCUGGAGAUCCGAGGACAUCUACACCGGGGCGCUGGAGUUCGAAGUCCUUUUCAAGUCGGUAUCUGUCCGCAGGAGACCACGAGUCACUUCCAAGUCCUUGGGGAUCGUCACGGAGGGCAAUCGCCUUUGGGGCUACGCCAAAGAGAACUGGCUUCAAACUAACCGGAAGUACAGGCGAGGAAGCUGGCAACUCAUCGCUAAGGAUGGAACUGAUCUGGGCCACGGGCAGCUUCUGCAGUGCACCAUGAUGAAGCCCGCCACCUUGAAGUGCUUUGCAGAGGCACUGCUGAUAAAUUGGCAGCCACUUCCGGCGAAGUCGGUGGUGUACACCCUGGAAUGGAUGGCACAGGACUGCUGCUCCUUGUCGUUGCCUGGAAAGUCUCCGCCCUCGAAACUGCCCUCAGGAUAA